AUGUCAUCGCAGCGACCCGGAGCGUUCAAUAGUCUACGGAUGGGAGAAGUGAUCCGUGAGCGCGUUCAAGAUGGAGUAACUGGCGAAACCAGAGAGCUUCAGUAUACCCAGUGCAAAAUUGUCGGUAAUGGUUCUUUCGGUGUCGUCUUCCAGACGAAGCUUUCUCCUUCUGGUGAGGAUGCUGCCAUCAAGCGUGUCCUCCAAGACAAGCGUUUCAAGAACCGUGAACUUCAAAUCAUGCGCAUUGUCCGGCACCCCAACAUUGUCCAGCUCAAGGCCUUCUACUACUCCAAUGGCGAACGAAAAGAUGAGGUCUACCUCAACUUGGUCCAGGAAUUCGUUCCCGAGACUGUCUACCGAGCCUCGCGAUUCUUCAACAAGAUGAAGACUACCAUGCCCAUUCUCGAGGUCAAGCUCUACAUUUAUCAGCUUUUCCGCGCCCUCGCCUAUAUUCACUCGCAAGGCAUCUGCCAUCGUGAUAUCAAGCCCCAAAACCUCCUUCUCGACCCUACUAGCGGUAUCCUCAAGCUCUGCGAUUUUGGCAGCGCCAAGAUCCUCGUUGAGAACGAACCCAACGUCUCGUAUAUUUGCUCCAGAUACUACCGCGCCCCUGAACUCAUCUUUGGCGCCACAAACUACACAACCAAGAUUGACGUCUGGUCCACAGGCUGUGUUAUGGCAGAGUUGAUGCUUGGCCAACCUCUAUUCCCCGGAGAAUCUGGUAUUGACCAAUUGGUGGAAAUUAUUAAAGUCCUCGGCACACCUACCAGGGAGCAGAUCCGCACCAUGAACCCCAACUACAUGGAACACAAGUUCCCCCAGAUCAAGCCGCAUCCUUUCAACAAGGUGUUCCGCAAGGCUGACGCCAAUGCUAUUGACCUCAUCACCAAGCUACUCGAAUACACCCCCACUGAAAGAGAGGCUGCCGUCAACGCCAUGGUCCACCCUUUUUUUGACGAGUUGCGCGAUCCAGAGACAAAACUCCCCGAUUCCAGACACGGCACUGGCCAGCUCCGCGAUCUUCCGGAGCUCUUCAAUUUCACUCGUCAUGAGCUAUCCAUUGCGCCCGACCUCAACAGCCAAUUAGUUCCUCUUCACCAGCGUGCCAUCCUCGCCGCACGUGGUCUCGACAUUGACAAUAUUACCCCGAUGACGAAGCAGGAGAUGAUGGCCAAGCUUGACUGA